AUGGCCGGAACCAACUGGCAAGACCUUGUCGCAACCAAGAAACAAGAAUGCGAACAGAAGAUCCCCACAGACUGGAGACUGAGCGCAGAUCUACUCGCAUCCGCAAAGCAAACCCCACGUUUAAUCGAGGCCGAUAUUCCCCGCCGCAGUGGGCUCUUGUCGGAGCUCGAAUUGGAUGUUACUGAGAAUUAUACCGCGAGUCAGUUAUUGGUCAAGUUGGCCUCUGGAAAUAUGAGCUCGCUGGAUGUUACGACGGCGUUUUGUAAGAGAGCCGCUAUUGCGCAGCAACUGACAUCGUGUCUCACAGAGACAUUCUUCUCUCAGGCGCUGGAGCGCGCCCAGUAUCUGGAUAAUUACCUCAAGCGGGAGGGAAAGCCCGUCGGGCCUCUGCACGGCCUGCCGAUCAGUAUCAAGGAUAGCUUCUGUGUUGAGGGCGUGCAGUCGACUGUUGGAUUCGUCGCUUUGCUGAAAGACGAGCCUGCGAAGAAAAACUCCGCGCUUGUCAAGAUGUUGCUGCAUCUCGGUGCAGUACUAUACGUGAAGACCAACAUCCCGCAAACAAUGAUGACAGCAGACUCGGAGAACAAUAUCUUCGGCCGCACGCUCAACCCGCACAACACAGCCCUCACAGCAGGUGGAUCGAGCGGAGGCGAAGGCGCGCUCGUCGCAUUCCGCGGUUCCAUCCUGGGCAUGGGAACAGAUAUCGCAGGCUCGAUCCGCAUCCCCGCGCUAUGCUGUGGCGUCUACGGCUUCAAGCCGACCAUCAACCGCAUCCCAUUUGGUGGACAAGUAUCCGGUGCCAUGGAAGGAAUCCCUGGACUAAUACCCGCGGCGGGUCCACUGGCACACAGUAUCUGUGACCUGAGACUACUGAUGAGAUCUGUUGUCGGCGAUGGCCAGGCUUGGGAGUAUGAUGCCGGCGCUGUCAGUGCGCCGUGGAAUGCUCGCGACGAUACUAACAGAAGCCUGACAAUCGGUGUUCUCGCAGAGGAUAAGCAUUUCCCUCUUCAUCCGCCUGUGAGGCGAGCUUUGGAUCGGGCUGUCAAUGCGCUGACUCGUGCGGGGCAUCGUAUUGUUCGACUUGAUGGUGGUGCUGAUGAGCAGAGUGUGGCGUAUGCUUCGCGUCUUGCUUUCCAGUAUUUCAUAUAUGGUCCGCAUGACGAUCUUAUUGCUGCUAGUGGCGAGCCUGUUGUGGCGUCUGUUGCUAAGGCUGCGGCGCCGAUGUUUUCUGGACCGUUCCCUGUUGAGCAGGGGCUUGGGCCGUUUGAGACUAUUCAGGCGUUGCAUGAGGCUCGGUCGAAGGUUCUUGAUGCUUGGAGGCAGACUUGGAUCGAUGAGAAGCUUGAUGUUAUCUUAGCUCCUGGGGCUCAGAAUACGGCGGUUGGGUAUGAUACUUAUGGCUGGCCACCUUAUACGGUGAUGUGGAAUUUGUUGGAUUAUCCCGCUUGUAUUAUUCCAUUUGGUCAGGCAUCUAAGGAGCUUGAUCCUGAGCCUAUGACAACAUCAGACGAUGUGCAGCCAGACUAUCACCCCGAGGAAGUAGAUGGAGCCCCUUGUGCUAUCCAGGUCAUAACACCACGGUUCCAGGAUGAGAAAUGUCUUUGGGCAGCGGAUAUAAUUGACCGAGUACUGGCUACAUACGGCAAACAAUAG